UUUGAGCGCUACGCAAACAUGCGUCGUUAGUUUAGCGUUAUUUCAACAAGUUAUUGACAGGAGAAGGUAAACUUUGCUCAUGUGAGCUGCGCCUCCACGGCUCUGGUGAGACGUUAGCUAGCAGGCUAACUCUUUAGCUUCCCCCACAAGUAUGACUGACACAUGAGGGGACACGGCCGCUGUCAGAGAGUGUCUGGCCCUGCCGGACAUUAACAUGACCACAAACCCUCCAUGACAGCUGACACCACAGGGAGGACGAUGGAGGCGCCGACCACAGCCAGCAGCUUCAACGUGUCCUACGGGGACCAGGAGGAGUCCUCUGCUAUCUCCUCCAUGUCCAUAGACAAGCUCUUCCCUGCUCUGCUCGAGUGCUUUGGGAUCAUACUGUGCGGGUACAUAGCAGGCAGGGCAAACAUCAUCACCUCCACCCAGGCCAAAGGACUGGGGAACUUUGUGUCCAAGUUUGCUCUGCCGGCACUGCUGUUCAAGAACAUGGUGCAGCUGGACUUUGGGAAUGUCAUCUGGCCUUUCCUCUGGAGCAUCCUCAUCGCCAAAGUGUCUGUCUUCGUCAUUGUCUGCGUCCUCACGCUCAUAGUGGCCAGUCCUGACAGCCGCUACAGCAAGGCAGGGCUCUUCUCCAUAUUUGCCACCCAAAGCAACGACUUUGCUUUGGGAUAUCCUAUAGUUGAGGCCCUAUACAAGAGCACGUACCCAGAGUACCUCCAGUACAUCUACCUGGUGGCUCCGGUCUCCCUGAUGUUUCUAAACCCCAUCGGCUUUGGCUUCUGCGAGAUCCAGAAGUGGAAGGAUCAGGGAAACCACCAACAGAGCAAACUACUGAUCGUGGGACUUGUAGUUUUACAAGUCUUAAAGAACCCCAUCGUGUUCAUGGUUAUGAUCGGCAUCAUUGCCCACUUUGUCCUGCACCAGACAGUUCCUGCCUUCAUGGCUGAGUUUGUGGACGGCUUGGCCAACUCAUUCGGGGGAGCAGCUCUGUUCUACUUGGGUCUGACCAUGGUGGGCCAGUUGAGGAAAUUAACCAAAUCCACAGUCGUGACACUGAUAUUGCUCCUUACAGCCAAACUACUGCUAAUGCCCCUGAUUUGUAAGGACAUGGUGGACCUGUUGGACAACAGCAACACCAGCGCUUUGAACCACUCCAGCCUUUCCGAUUAUGCCUUUCUGUAUGGAGUGUUUCCCACUGCGCCCAGCGUGGCCAUCUACGCCGUCUAUUACAAUGCAGAGCUAGAAGUUGUAGCCUCAGGGAUGGUGAUCAGCACAUUUCUCUCAGCUCCGAUAAUGUAUGUUUCGGCCUGGUUGCUUACAAUGCAUUGGAUGGAUCCUCAGCUUUUAAUGAAUUCCCUCCAGAAUGUCAGCUUUAACAUAAGCAUAGUGAGCUUGGUUGCACUGGUGUGGACAAUUCCUGUCAUGUUUUUAAGUAAGAAAUUCAAGAGGCUACCUCACAUGUUUACAGUCAACCUUUUCUUGGCACAGUUUCUAACUUGCAUCGGGAUGAUUCUGUGGAACUUUGUGGUGAAGGGAGACAGCUUCAUCUGGCAGGUCGUGACUUUCUCAGUCUUGUGUACCUCACUCUACAGCACCUAUAUGUGGCCAGGUUUAAUAGCACUUUCAAUUGUGCUCUUAAAAAGGUCUGAGGAACAGAAAGUUUCACCAGGCAUGUUGAUGAUUGCAGGCUGGGGAAUUCCAGCUUUAGCAACAGCUGUUUUGCUCAUCUUCGGGGAGAAAAUGCCCGACACAAUUGAUGCAUCUUACUUCUAUGGCAAACCACAGAUAAUUUGCACCACACUUCUAAUCACCUUCAGCAUAAUCCUGGGAGGAGGCUCUCUUGUGUGUCUCAGUAGAGGAAGCUGGGCUCAUAAUGACCAAAACCAAGAAGAAAACUCCUCGUUUGAAGAGGAUCUUUUGACUGAAGAACCAGAAAACCAGACUUUGUUUGAGCCAGCUCCUCCAUCAGGAGAACUCAACAGAGCGUGCCUCAUAUGUGACUGUGAGCCAACCCAGCCCAUGCCUGAUAUGAUCAUCAGCACCAACAGGAAUAACCCACCAACCACACUUGCAGGUCAGUGUGAGAGCGGGUGUGAGUCGACAGACUGCCUCCUCGUCCAAGUGGAGGAGCUCCAACAGGUUGCAGACAGACAAGAGACCCGUCAUCUGCUCAUAUGUGUGCUUCUGACUGUCAGCCUGCUUGCUAACCUGUCUAGCUGCUUGUGGUUGCUCUUUAACCGUGAUCCUGGCAGACUCUACCUUGAGCUGCUGUUCUUCUGUGCUGUAGCCAACUACGGGCAGGGACUUCUCUCCUUUGCUCUCUUUGGGCUGGACAAGCAUUUGAUUUUACUGCCAUUUAAAAAGAGGUUAUACAGUCUAUGGUAUGGAAAGAAGCAAGAAGAGCAGCCGCAGAUGGAUUUACCUGAAGACAUCAGGAUGACCUGCACCCAGUUCACCAGAUACCACAAACAACAGUGUUUUCAUGACAUCGUAAAAAAGAGAAGGUGUGGGAAGCAGACUGUGGUGGACUGUUUUCUUGGCUGUGAACUUGUGGAGUGGCUUCAGCAGGUGGGCUUGGCUCAGGACCGCGGGGAGGCGGCGCUCUAUGGGACGCGGUUGCAGCAGGGUGGGGUUCUCCAGCACAUCAAGGACGAAUACAGCUUCCAAGACAGUCCCCUCUAUUACCGCUUCAUGACAUAAUACACAAGGGCCAGAGCUGACACUUUUCUUUAUCCCUAAAGCAAAUGGCAUUUCAUUUCAAACAGGGAAUUACUUCUUGUCCAACCCUGUGCUGUACAGUAUUUCACAAUGCACUGUUGUGCGGUGCAACAGUACAGGAGGGUGCUGGAAUAAGCCACACCUGACUGACUGAUGAUGUGUGUGUUCAGAAGUGUAACACACUGUCAAACCAAGCAGGCCUGUGGCCACUAUGCACUGUGUGGACUUAAAGGGAAUUAGUUCUUUUUCUUUUCCUUUUUUAAAUCAACCCGGGUUUUUUUAGUAAACAUUUUAUUCACCAGGUUUAUUCCUGGGUUGUGGAGUUUUAGCCAUGAUGCAGAUGAACAAUGUUUAGCCAUACUUUUUGAACAUUUAUUCAGAGGUGAAGCUUAAUGGACACACCAUAAUAAAAAUACUGCAGCCACACCUGCUGUUAAGUGCAAUACGUUUCCUCAAAAUCAGGAAGUCAGUCUUCAGAUUGUACUGGACGUGUACAACAGGGAGACUUAAUUAAUUUAACAUGUGCCAGGUAAUGUGUAACACUGGAUUUAGUAACAAGGCUUUACUCAUCUUAAGCGGUGAAGCAAGAUGUUAAAAUGAGACGGGUUUUUUUUGCUUGCUGGUUCAUGCAGUUUAUGUGAUUUGACUCUGUUGUCUUGCUUCAUGCCAUUGUGUGAGUGAUGAAGCACAGAGAGGUGUUCUCCUAAAACAAAUCUGUGGUUAUUCUGCUCAGUGCGUUGUUUGCUGUAAUGGGACACCUCUGCGUCCAUUAUCAAUGUUUUACCAAAGCUACUCACCAAAGGAAUAAAGGGAAGAUGGGGAAGAUUUCUCAUGUAGUUCGUAGCGUUUGUUUAGUGAGUUUAAGCAGCUAAUGUAGCAUUAAGCACAAGCAAUGUUGCUCUGGUAACCUGCAGUUUAAUAUGACUUUGCAUUGAUUGUUCAACAGUGUUUACACUGUUACCAGGACUACGUUGUCCCAGUACACCAUUUUAAAAACGACUGGCCAGUUGUGGACAAAAGGUCUUGUUCAUGUUUCUAUGUUAAUUAUUUAUUUACAACAAAAGAAAAUUGUCAUUUAAAAAAAAUUAAAAUGUUAAAAUAUGCAGAACAAAAUGUAGUGACAUGUCUCAAGGGCUGAAUAUGCGAAGGUGCUUGUACUCAUGUUCAUCUGGACUUGAAACUUUUUUUUUUUGUAAAUUCUCUUUCAUAUAAUCCUUAGAAACUCAAGAGUCGGAGCUGCUGUUAUUCAUCUUUACCUCACACAGUUGUGUAAUUAAAGAUAAAAUGCCUGUGGCUUUUUUAAGAGUGAA